CUGUCAUUGCUAAUUUGAAGCAGAGUAUUGAACUAAAUCGCUGCCAUUACAGAAGAGCGUCAUUUGGGCUCUCUGUCCAUACAGAAUAUGAGAAACUUUUCGGCAUUUUGUCAUCGGCUAGCCACUAUACUUCUUGAUUUCUUGGUAGUUUUUCUUUUGUUUUCGACGCUCCUCAUCAUUCGAUGCUCAAAUGGUGGCACUCUGAACUGCAUUGAAGCUCUGUUCACCAAGAGGCAUGCUCAGCUCAAUCGACAUCAAGGAACGGAUGGCAAUCCUCAAUUGAUACAACCUGAAAGUUCAUGGGCAUGUGAAGCACAGUCUGUGCCGUUCAUCGCCUGCAUGACCUCGUAUAAUGUGGAUACUGCGAUGAGCCCAAGCCUCCGGGUACUAUGUACCCUGAAUGGCGAGCAAAGACUAAACACCAAUUAGGAAUGCAGCGGCGUCUGGAAUCAGAACCACGUUUAUGAAUUGUAAAGUCGAGUAUGGUCUGUAUGGGCCCACUGUCACACGUACGUUGAGAAGCUUGAGUAUUUGAACUAGGGCUAGGCAAGAUAUAGUCCUGCUGGAUCCUCCAC